CUAUGAGUCAUUUUGGAACAUGAAGAAGUCUGCCGAAACGUGCGGUCUGUGCUGGAGUCUGAUCGAAGGCACUGAGGAACACCUUGAAUCAUUUCCUCAACGGUAUCCUCAUGAUCGAACCAUGACAUUGAGUGGAUACGAGCUUGGGGGUGGAGGGUACACGCUGCCGUUCUGUAAUAAGGAGGCGAUUGCGAAUGCUGGGAUCCAUGAAUUUACUUUAUAUAUGGGGGGAUGCCUUGACGAUCCGAAAUUUCGGUUCCUGGUAAUGACGGAAGAUGGAACAGGUUCUGUUCCGCAACGAGCCAUGUGGUCUGAUCGAGUGCCGCUUCAGCUCGGGAUUCGCAUGCCCGUUGUCAACGAAUGGCUUCAAGCUUGCGGGUCGCAGCAUGAACAAUGCAACAAACGCAUUUCGGACAGGGGUUCUCUGCCCACGCGCCUGAUCGAUCUUUUCGCAAACUCACAUACAGGCUCUUUCGAUCCCCACUUGAUAACCACCAGCACACUUGACCCGCAAAACGUAGAGUACACUACGCUCAGUCACCGCUGGGGCGACAUACAACCCGUGCGCACACUCAAGACCAACCUGCAAGUCCACAUGACGAGCAUCUUCCCGCUCUAUAGCCGCACCAAACGCCGCAUCCCCCGAACUUUCAACGACGCCAUGAAAAUCACGCGCGCCCUUGGCCUGCGGUACAUCUGGAUCGACUCCCUCUGCAUUAUCCAAGAUGACGCGCAAGACUGGCAACAUGAAGCCAUGCGUAUGGCGGAAGUGUAUUGUGGCAGCUACCUUAACAUUGCCGCCAUCGAUGGUCGAAACUGCCACGAUGGUUGUGGCUUGGAGAUGGGCUGGGGUGCCAUGUCUCUCAGCGGACCGAACAUGGGCGGUAGGAGAGUAAGAGUGCGGACGACGCCUGCGGAUCCGGUCGAGGUGUAUUCGUCUCCACUGAAUAUGCGCGGGUGGGUGUUCCAGGAGCUGACACUAGCGCCGCGCGUGUUAUAUUGCGGGCGGAGACAGAUGUAUUGGCAGUGCACCGAGAAAGUCUACUCUGAAGACGGUUACAUCGAUCAUACCGUCGCGUUGAACAUUCCUGGAGAACGGUAUAGUCUAAGAAGCAAUCAAUAUGACUGGAAUGCGUGGGUGAGUGAUUUCAGCCAGCGCCAGUUCACGAAGCAGAGCGAUCGACUACCAGCGCUGCAUGGGGUUGUGCGGCACUUUGCGGAGCGAACGAAACAUACCUUCCUGCUGGGUCUGUGGAAGGAGACGCUAGUACAGGAUCUGGCGUGGAGAACGAGGCAGAUUUACCGCUCAUUUUCGUCGUACCCUACAGAGACAUCCGAGCUUGCGGGUGUGCCCUCCUGGAGCUGGCUGAAUCUGCAUGUUGACAAGUAUCCUGGUGGGAUCGUGUACUUUUCCUCAGCAGCGGAAAGUACCGCCACAACGCAGGUGAAAGAGGUCGAAGUGCUGUGGGAAUCGAUCCCUCUGUUCUCGAAGAUAGCUUCAACGAAGCUAGUACUCCAGGGGCCGCUUAAAAAGCACAGGUUCCAGUGGGAUUGCAUGCGAAGACGACUGUUCGGCAAGGAGGGAGAAGAUAGCCCGGAUACUGACUAUUAUGUGGUUCGGUUGGAUGAGAUGCUCCCAGAAGAUGUUGAAUACGACGAAAAACGCGAGUACUGGUGCCUUCAGCUCGCAUUUAUGGAAGAGGAUGGGGAAAUGGUAUCAACGUUUUUGGUUUUGGAGGAAGCUGAGAUGGCUCUGAGCAAGGACACACGAAUAUUCAGGCGUAUAGGAUGUGGCCGCAUGAAGGACGAUUAUGUUGGCUUUUCUGGGGCGGAGCGACCGAUCAUUGAGCUCACCUGAAACUGAGCUUUUGUUGUUGUUGCCUACAGCUCCUGGCAAAGACGAUAAUCCGCGUUCGAGCCUAGAUUCACGUGACGUAGACAGCAAGCUGGAUCCAUAGCUGUAAUAAGCAUGUUGAGCGAAACGCAUCCUUUCAAAACUUCGUAAUUCGCAUCA